AUGCAGAAGGUCACCCAGGACUUGCCCAAGGCUAACAGGUCUAGCCUUAUCUACAUGGUUCACUACGGGCUAUAUCUUGAGGGCAUGUUUGCUUCCAACGGGCUGCAGACCAACGUCACGCACAACACCAAGAUCCAACCACAACCUGUUAUCUCAUUUGGCUUCGAACCCUUGCCACAGUUUGAAAAAAUGCCGCCUGUUAGCUUUUCCCAAACGCCCGGUCCGCUUGGAGACCUCUUCCACUCUUCCGGUUGCUCUCACGCCGCCAAGAUCCCGUUGUCCGGAUCCCUUGUCACAACCGCGGGCCAGCCAGGAUUCGACCUCAAGACCUGUCAGCUUGUUACUUCGUCUCUGCGUGAUGAAGUCAACGCCUGCUUCGACUGCGUGGAGGCAGCAUUGGAAUCCGCAGGCAUCUUGCAAGGUCUGGCUGCUGUUCACAAGUUCACGGCAUUUCUCAUCGACAUGAAGGUGGAGGAGACUAUGAUGGAGGUUUGGAGGAGCAGAGUGCCGGGGCAUCGUCCAACUUGGGUAACUGUUGGAGUGGCUGAACUCGCUGUGCCAGGCAUGCACCUUGAGUUGCAGGCCGAGGCAGUCCUGUUAGAGUAG